CCACUCCCAAUCUUUAAGUAAGCCCAUUGACAAAAGUGGGAGAUCGCCUGUCAAUUACAUUUUACUUAGAUAUAAGUGCAUUUUACCAAAAUUUUACUAGGUUGAAUCAAACCAAAAUUGAACAAUUAUCAUUUACCAAUCAGAAGUGAGCAAUAGAGGUUCACCAAUUUUGACACUUGCACUUAGGCUGCACCUUGACUGAAGAUUGCUUGAUAUCUGACACCUUAACACAACAGUGUGGCUUGUGGAUAUUUGGUAAUUCUCAUAUUGUAGUGGACUCUGAUAGUCCCAAAGGCUUAAGUGUUUCGCUUGGCUGCCAUGCAAAUAGUUGGUAUUUUUACUCUGACGAAAAUCGAACUUGAAGUUGAUUCGCACACAAAACAUCAUGGAGACAGUUUGUCAAAAUGUUGACGCUACUGAACCAGAGGCACCUGUAUGCAAGUUGGCGAGACUGUUUCGAGAUGAUGAGCUCGGCGACUACACCUCCGAUCAUAAGCACUAAGGGGCUAACUCGAUUCGACAAUAUAACCAAGUCCCCGAAUGAUGGAAGACUUUACCGGGGUCUGAUAUUGCCCAAUAAAAUGAAGGUGCUGCUCAUAAGCGAUCAUACAACAGACAAGAGUGCUGCCUCUCUUGACGUCAAUGUUGGAUACAUGAGCGAUCCGCCAGAUAUUCCAGGCCUUGCGCAUUUCUGUGAACAUAUGCUUUUUCUUGGAACCGAAAAGUACCCUGCUGAAAACGAGUAUGGGAAGUAUCUUUCAGAACAUGGUGGAGCUAGUAAUGCAGCAACAUACCCAGACCAUGCCAGCUACUACUUUGAUGUAACUCCUGAAAAGUUGUCUGGAGCAUUGGAUAGAUUUGCCCAAUUUUUUUUGAACCCGUUGUUUACGGAAUCAGCUACCGAGAGGGAAUUAAAUGCUGUGAAUCUUGAACAUGAAAAAAAUAUACCAAAUGAUACGUGGCGUUUAGAUCAGAUUGAUAAAUCAAUCGCAGACCCUAAUCAUGCGUACUCUAAAUUUGGUACAGGGAACAAAGAGACGCUAGACGUAAUUCCAAAGAGAAAUGGGAUUAAUGUUAGAGAUCAACUUUUGAAAUUCCACCAAGAGUGGUACUCUGCAAAUAUCAUGGCACUCAGCAUACUUGGAAAAGAAAGCCUCGAUGAGUUGGAAUCACUAACUACCGAACUUUUUUCUGGUGUAAAGAAUCUUGAUGUUGAACUACCAGUGUGGGACCAACAUCCAUUUUCAGCAGAUGAUUUCAAAACGAAAUGUUAUAUCGUACCGAUAAAAGAUAUACGAAAUCUCAACAUUACGUUUCCCAUUCCUGAUUUGCGGGAGCACUUUAGAUCCGCUCCCGCAAAUUAUAUCUCACAUCUCCUUGGACACGAAGGCGAGGGAUCCCUGUUGUCUGCAUUAAAAUCAAGAGGUUGGAGUAAUUCAUUGGUUUCUGGACGCCGACAGGCAGCCCGUGGUUUUGGUUUUUUUGGUGCCUAUGUCGACUUGACAGAAGAAGGUAUAAAGCACAUCGACGAUAUUGUCACCUUGACUUUUCAAUAUAUUAAUAUGAUGAAAAAAGAGGGUCCCGUCGCUUGGAUAUUUGAGGAACAUAGAGACAUAGCAGCAAUGAAUUUUCGAUUCAAAGAAAAGUCAUCAGCUCGAAGUUAUGUCAAUUCAACUGUACAUUGUUUGCAAGAGUAUCCCAUCCCCGAAGUGUUGACAGGUCCUCAGCUCGUUAAAGAAUGGCGGCCGGAUUUGUUAGAAAUGGUCAUGGGUUAUCUGACACCAGAAAAUGUCCGAAUUUCUGUGAUGGCCCAGCAGUACGAAGAUAUUGCUACCGAGAAGGAACCGUGGUAUGGCACGCGGUUUAAAAAAGAGAAAAUACCAGAGGAUAUUAUAGAAAAAUGGAAGAACGCUGGUUUGAAUCCAGAUUUACGACUACCUGCUAAAAACGAAUUCAUUCCAACCAAUUUUGAGCUGAAACAGCUGGAACCUGAUGCAAGCAAAUUCCCAAUAAUAAUCGAAGAUACGGCACUCGUGCGAGUUUGGUUCAAGCAAGAUGAUGAAUUCCUGUUGCCGAAAGCCAAUCUCAGCUUUGAUUUUGUCAGCCCUUUGGUAUACAUGGAUCCUGUCAACAGCAACCUAGCGUACAUGUUUGUGCAGCUUUUUUGUGAUUCAUUAAACGAAUAUGCCUACUCUGCCGAUUUGGCCGGACUAAAAUGGGAGCUUAGCAAUAGCAAGUACGGAAUGAUUUUGGCAGUUGGAGGCUACAAUGAUAAACAGCAUGUUCUGCUUGAAAAGAUUAUUGAUCGCAUGGUGAACUUCACAGUGGAUCCACAGCGGUUCGAAAUUAUAAAAGAGAAUUACAUUCGAGGGCUGAAAAAUUUCGAUGCCGAACAACCAUAUCAGCAUGCUGUUUAUUAUUUAGCAGUUUUGCUAGCAGAGAACGUCUGGACUAAAGAUGAAUUGUUAGACGCCACUUCGCAAUUGACAGUGGAUAGAGUGCAGCAGUUUAUACCACAAAUUUUGGGUAAAAUGCAUGUAGAAUGCUUAGUACAUGGAAAUGUGACAAAAUCAGAAGCAUUGGAUAUUGUGAAACUCGUGGAGUCGAAAUUGAUCCAAACUUUGCCACACGUCACGCCUCUCUUACCUAGACAAUUAGUUCUAAACAGGGAGGUGCGAUUAGAAGAUGGUUGCAAUUUUCUCUACCAGAUUGAAAAUAAAUUGCACAAAAGUUCAUGCGCCGAAGUUUACUACCAAUGUAAUCUGCAGGCAACUGAGUCAAACAUGCUUCUGGAACUAUUAGUUCAAAUAAUAUCAGAGCCUUGCUUUAACACCCUCAGAACUAAAGAACAGCUUGGUUACAUAGUAUUCAGUGGAAUACGAAGAACUAAUGGGGCACAGGGUUUGAGGGUCAUUGUUCAAAGUGAUAAGCAUCCGCAGUAUGUUGAACAAAGGAUAGAGGCUUUCUUGAACUCAAUGCCGGGCCAACUGGUGGACAUGAGCGAAGAAGAAUUUCUCCGACAUAAAGAUGCGCUAGCUACCAAAAGAUUAGAGAAGCCAAAAACAAUGAGCGCUCUAUCAGCAUUGUAUUGGGCUGAGAUCUCAACACAACAGUAUAACUUUGACAGAGCCAACGUCGAAAUAUCCUAUAUGAGGACUAUAACGAAAGACAUGAUCAUCCAAUUCUUUCAGGAAGCUAUACACAAUUCAUCUCCAACACGACACAAACUAUCGGUCCACGUUCUAUCAACGGCAGCUGGUGGCGCUGGUAAUGCAGAGACAAAAGCUGCAGAAAUGGAUUCCCCAUCCUCUAUUUCAGAAACCUUUGUCAAUGGAGCCUACAGGAUUCACGAUGUCAUGGCCUUCAAGUCCAGCCAAGCGCUGUAUCCUUUGUUGAAACCGUUCAUCGACAUACCUAGGAAGGGUACGAGGUCGAAGUUGUGAUGUUAUUGCAUAAUUAUUAUAAAAAUUCACCGAGGCUAAUGGCCAGAUAUUUGGCAGAUCCUCCUCGGCAUAGCAGACCAUUACGAUUCUUGCGAGGGUAGCAUGUCAUCAGCGUGAUUAUGUAUAUGGAUACAAGUUAUAGCGAAUUACAAAAAAAAACUGUUUGACAUCA